UGCUACCCGUCCCAAAAUCAGGUUAUCAACCAUUGGAUCAACAUACGUUAAGCUGAGCCAUUGUCGAAUCAGCGAAGCCCAUGAAUCACCUGUCAAGCCAGUGGUUCUAGAUGCAUCCUGUCGCCUCCAAUUUAAGCAUAUAUAUGACCCUGCUCCUCGCCACAUUGCGGCAAUCUCCCAGCGUCUCUUCUGUUCCCGGUCAUGGCCUCCCAUCGUCGCCGUAUGACGUUCCGUCCUUCCAUGGCAAGCCGAGACGACCUGGUUCUCCGACUUCCCGUCCUGGUCUGAUUCCGGGUUCGACCUUGGCGGAGACUAUUUCCGCCCGUCAUAUUAUAAUAUUACGCCGAUGCGACCCUGAAUUUGUUCCCUGGCCGCUUCCUCUGGCUUCCAAGGUUUCCUUAGGGCCUGCAGUCUGGGCAGUCAGUGGACCGCCGGAUAAUGUCCCGAAAGACGAAUUUCGCCCAUUGCCCUUCAUUUUGUUUUCGGAUAUUGGGGUUUCAGCGAUCGAUGCAUGUUGGUUGCUUGCCUCCGUGUUGACUCUAAUUAUAAUUAUAUCAAAUGACAUCGCUAACCGGCCAGUCCAGGCCCAAGAGACCUGGCCUGCAUGUCAAUAUGUGCGUCCCUUCGCAGAGCCCCCAGGUUUUAAACAAUCGUCAUACCUAGGUUGUAGCCUGUUGGCCCUGUGCCCAACACUAACUACAUUACCUUGCACAUCAAACACGCCCUCGCAACUUGGCCAUGAGGUACGCUUUAGGCAGGAGAUCCGAAAGGGUUUUGACGCCAAAAAUUACUAUUGAACACGCCAGCGAAGAAGACAAGUCGGUCCAGUUCGAUGUCCUCUGGCAUAUGUUCCUCGAGACGGCCAAGGCUCUUAAAAAGGACGGAGCUUUUCAGCCAAGGCUCUGGUGGUUGGCAUCUCUACACGGCCUUUGGAGAGAGUGUGUGCUGCUAUUUCCUUCUCGUAGAUUGCGUCUUGGUUGAUGCAUAAUUUGUCGACCCAGAGCGGCGUAUGCAGAUACUCUGUUCUUCAAUUAUUUUUUUCUCGCGAUUUUGGGAAUCCCGUCGAUAUGUA